AUGGAGCAGAGCCGAGCUUGCCUCGUCGCCAUGUACCAAUUCGUGGAGCGACAUUUGUUUAUGAAGGCCAUGGAGGAGGCGCAAUGCUUGGAAGAUAAGGUUGCUGGACUCCUUCCUGGCUUCAGCCGGGUCUCUUGUUUAGUAGCGACUGUACCUGAACCCAGUGGUGCAAUCUUGCAACCUGGUCAAGAGCCUCGUGCAUCUCUGCAAGUCGCUCACGGAUGGGUUGUUGGAACUUUGGACCUGAAUUUAGGGCUUCGCUUGCCUGGUGAAAAUCUUGGCGGGAAAUACCCUGAUAAGGGGUUGCACAUAGAGUCAAGACGAGCCUAUCUAUCUAAUGUUUGCGUGGCGCCAGCUGCCAGAAGACUUGGAGUUGCCUACAGAUUGAUGCAGUCAGCACGAGCUCUUGCACGAAGUUGGGGUGUGGAGCAUCUGUAUGUUCAUGUCGCCAAGAACAAUGACCCUGCACGACUGUUGUAUCUCAAAUCUGGAUACGAAGUGGAGCAGGAAGAGAAGGCAAACGUUGCCAGAUCCAUGGGUCGCCCUGCAAGGCUCUUGUUGCACCUUGAUAUCCGCUGA